AUGAGAACCGCCUUCGGUGUCCUGGCCGGGGCCACCACUAUUGCCCUAUCCCAAGCAGCCAGCCUCGCGGACGUCUGUACGACCAGCCACGCAAAGGCAUCCCUGCCGAGCAGCGAUGACAUUGAUGGCCUCGAGAUCGACUCUUCCUCCAUCACGGCCAGUGCUGUCUACAACGCUUCAUCUUCGGGUAGCUAUUUCUUCCCCGGCUCUUCUUUCAGUUACUGCAAUGUCACCCUCUCGUACACUCGACCGGGUCUGGACACGCCGUACUUGUUAGAGUUUUGGCUGCCUGCACCAGAGGACUAUCAAAACCGCUGGUUGUCCACCGGUGGUGGAGGCUUCGCAAUCAACUCCGGUACCAGUUCCCUUCCCGGAGGUGUGAUGUAUGGAGCUGCUGCCGGCAUCACGGACGGCGGCUUCGGCAGCUUCGAUACCCAAUUUGAUGCCGUAUUCCUCGAAGCCAACGGUACCAUCAACUACCAGGCAUUGUAUUCGUUCGGGUAUCUAGCUCACCACGAACUGAGCGUCGUCGGCAAGGCAUUCAGCCGGAACUUCUACGGUCUCGGUGACGCCAAGAUCUACGCCUACUACCAGGGCUGCUCGGAGGGUGGCCGUGAAGGUUGGAGCCAAGUUCAACGGUAUGCAGACGAGUGGGAUGGGGCUGUCAUUGGCGCCCCUGCCUUCCGGUACGGACAACAACAAGUCAACCACCUCUACCCUAACGUGGUUGAACACACCAUGGGAUACUACCCUCCUACUUGCGAAUUGGAAAAGAUCGUCAACUUGACCAUCGCUGCAUGCGACGCUCUAGAUGGUCGUGUCGAUGGAGUGGUUGGUCGUACGGACCUGUGCAAGUUGCACUUCAAUGUCAACUCCACUGUCGGCGCCCCCUACUCUUGCCCUGCAUCCACUACCACGACUGUGCUGAAGAAGCGCACGUCCAUGAGCAACUCCACACCCGCUCAGAACGGCACCGUCUCUGCUCUCGGCGCCGCCGCGGCCAGUAAGAUGCUGGAUGGCCUCCGCACCCUGGAUGGCCGUCGUGCGUACAUCUGGUAUCAACCCUCAUCCACAUUUGACGAUGCCGCCACCCAAUACAACUACGACACCAACCAGUGGGAGCUAGAUAUCACCUCCCUAGGCGGCGAAUGGGUAGCUCGCUUCUUGGAGCUGCGCGAUGCAGAUAACCUGUCGACCCUGGACAACGUCACAUACGAUACCUUGACGGAAUGGAUGGCGCUCGGCUGGCAGCGCUACGAGGAUAGUCUCCAAACAACAUGGCCGGAUUUGACCCCAUUCCAAUCCGCCGGUGGAAAGGUCAUCCAUGUACACGGCGAGUCGGAUCCUAGUAUUCCUACUGGUUCAUCGGUCCACUACCACGAGUCCGUCCGUCAGAUCAUGUACCCUGGGAUGUCCUUUAAUGAGAGCUCCGAGGCGUUGAAUGAAUGGAAUCGGCUUUACCUGAUUCCUGGUGCUGCUCAUUGUGCUUCUAGCACGACGCAACCUAAUGGUCCGUUCCCCCAGACGACCCUUGAGACGCUCAUUCAGUGGGUGGAGGGCGGCGUGUUCCCGACUCGUUUGAAUGCGACGGUCCUGGCUGGUGAACAUGAGGGCGAACAGCAGGAGUUGUGUGCUUGGCCGCUGCGGCCGUUGUGGAAGAAUAAUGGUACGGUCAUGGACUGUGUGUUUGAUGAGCCGUCUUAUAAGACGUGGGUUUAUGAUUUUGAUGCGUAUAAGUUGCCUUUGUAUUAG